AUGCAAGGCAGCAGCCCUUCACGCCCUGGGAAGAGAAGGGAAGAUGUACAGCCUGGCUCCAUGCUGACAAAGAAUUCGCCUCGAGGCAUCCUGGAUGCAACUUCAAAGCGAUUCGGGCCAUCUGGGGCUUAUGGUGCUGCUGCCCAUCGACGCCGGAACAUUUCCCAUCACCACAGUGUUGGCCUUCUUCAGCAAGCUGCGCCAGGUAGCCCUGCCAAUGGUUACGAUGCUGGCGGCUAUGGCGGGUACACUGGCGCGUACGACCACGGAUACGGCCACCAAGGCUACAGCCAAGACUAUGGCGGCUACAGCAACUACGAACCUUCUGGUGCUUACGGGAAGCAAGGCAGUUACGACCAGAACCCAGGUGGCUAUGGCGACGACUUCUACGGUGGCCCUCCUGGAUAUCCACAGGAACCUGAAGGAGGCGAGGAAGAGUUUCCUGAAGGAGAGCCAGGAGGCUACGACGCAGCCGCAGCCGAGCCAUGCAAGUGUCCUAGCUGGGAUCCAAUGAGUGAUGCAAAGCCUGAGGACUUGCAGCAUGCCUCUCUAGUAAUGCUUCAGCGUCGCAGUCGUCCAGAACACCGCCUUACCAAGGGGCUCCGCCGGGCUGCUGCGGCCGUGGACACAGCAGGCCGCGACUUCGAACGCUGGAUUCGAAAACGCCAAGAGCUGGCACAGCAGCUGCCGAAACUAAGGAAGAUCCUGGCGGAGUGUAAGAAGAUGGACGAUGAGCGCGACAAAGAGGAGGUCCAGGAAGACGUGGAGGAGCUCCGCACAAUUGCAGAUGAGGAAAAGGCACAAGCAAAGGCGGCCAUGAAACAAGCAGAGCUCAACGAGGAAGAUCUUGUGGUGCAGAAGACGGGCCACAUGCAGGGGAAGGUGGACCACUGGGCGUUCGAGCAGGCGAUGCACAAGCAGGAUGCCGCCGAUGCGCAGACGGAUGCCCAGACUGUGCAAGCCGUGAACGCCUACAACCAGCAGGGCGGCGAUUUGCAGCAACAACAGGUCGAGGAGGCGCAAAAGGAGCUCGGCUACAGCUUUCUCGACAAGGCGCUGGAGUUGUUCUGGGGUGAAGCCUAG